AUGAACCGCCGCAUGCUUUCCCGUGAGGAUGAGGCCUCAACGGAGGAGGUCGAGGUCCGUCGCGAGGACCAGGACAAGAUCAACAAGUUCAGCCGGCUGCAUCAGCGCGAGAAGGUGCUUGAGGAGGAGCUGAAGACGAAGCAGAAGGACAAGGAGGAUCUCGAGGAGAUUUCCACCGAGUUGGAACUUGUCGACGAAGAAGACAAGGUCCCGUACAAGAUUGGCGACUCGUUUGUCUCGCUGCCGCAACCUGAGGUGCUUGAGAUGCUGAGCACGUCGACCGAGAAGAUCGAUCAGGAUGUGGCGUCGGUCGAAGAGCAGCUGUCGUCAGUGCGCGAGCAGAUGGAGGAGCUCAAGGUCGCGUUGUACGCGCGAUUCGGAAGGAGCAUCAACCUCGAAACGUAA